CCGCCCAACGGCGGUUUCUGAAACAAACGACAGCAAGCGCCUCUCCAAUCGACCUGGUCGCCAGCUUUCGACUUUCGACAAGGCUUUGUUUGCUUUGAAAAGAAGCAUAAAUAUCCAAUCCCUCAGCUUUCUCCUAUAACCUAACAACCUUCAUCUCUUCCUUAUUCACACCCUCUCAUAAAACAACACCGCCGCCAUGACGAGCAUAUUGGCAAAGCAGAUCAGCAAGAGAAUUCUGGGAGAGUCGGUCAAGAACAAGUUUGGCAAAGAGGAUCCCUACUUUGAGCAAGUCCCCGCUACCAGACUCGACGGGAGGCCUACGGGCAAGGUCAAGAAGCGCAAGAAGGCUCUGCCGCCCGGCAUCUCAGAACACGAUGGCCAGGUCCUGACAAAGGUCAAGAGACGAGCCUAUCGUCUCGACAUGAGCCUGUUCAACUUUCUCGGAAUUCGCUUUGGCUGGAGCAGCGUCAUCGGUUUGAUCCCUGCCGCUGGCGAUGCACUCGAUGCCUUUAUGGCCUUUAUGGUAUACCGGACGUGUUGCCAAGUAGAGGGCGGCCUUCCAUCCUCAAUCCGACUCCAGAUGCUGUUCAACAUCAUUCUCGACUUUGCUGUCGGACUGGUUCCAUUCAUUGGAGAUUUGGCUGAUGCCGUAUUCCGCGCCAACACCCGCAACGCAGCAUUGCUGGAGGAGCAUCUGCGUCAAAAGGGCAAAAAGGAACUACGGAAAAGCGGACAGCCCAUCCCGGCCGUUGACCCUAGCAGUCCCGAAGAGUACGACAGGAUUCAGCGGGAAGACCCCCCGGAGUAUCAGUCAGAUCCUCCGUCUCGCCGACCCUCUCCGGCCCGGCCUGAAGCCCAGGAGCCGGCCGCCCCACGAGUGCCAGAUCGGGUUCACGACAGUCGCGGAUUCUUUGGCCGCAGCCAGAAUCGCCCGCGGGACGUCGAAAUGGGCCAGAUUUACUCAGAGUCGCAGUAUAACGAAUCACGACGGACUGGAAAGCACUCAGGCAGGCGACACUGAGGGCCUCUCUAGACAU